AUGUUCGCCGCUCGCCGUUUCGCAACCAGCGUUCCUCGCGCCAUGUCCCAGAGGGCGCUGUUCCACCAGACUGCUCCGGCUUUCGUUCAGAAGGGAGACGCCAUCCCCGAUCUCGAUGUCCUCGUCGAAAACUCCCCCGGCAACAAGGUCAAUCUCGCCAAGGAGCUUAAGGGCAAGGGUGUCAUCAUUGGUGUUCCCGCUGCAUUCAGCCCUGCUUGCUCCAGCUCUCACGUUCCCGGCUACAUCAAGCACCCCAAGCUCAAGGAAGCUGGUCAGGUCUUUGUCGUCUCCGUCAAUGACCCCUUUGUGACCAAGGCUUGGGCUACUUCUCUUGACCCUUCGGGCAACAGCGGCAUUCGCUUCUUGGGUGACCCUACUGGCAAGUUCUCCGAGGCUCUCGAUGUCACCUUCGACAGCACCACGAUCUUUGGCAACCACCGAAGCAAGCGCUAUGCGCUGGUUGUCGAGAACGGCAAGGUCAAGGAGGCUUUCGUGGAGCCUGACAACGCCGGCCUCAAUGUUUCCGCCGCUGAAAAGGUAUUGGGUUAA